GAGUUUGAACCGACAUGAUUCAAAUGUACGUAAUUUUUGGGCUGUUUUUAUUAGCGCUCAUCGUUUUCCUAAGAUAUUCGUUUUGGAGAUUAAAAUAUUCCCGUUUAAUACCUGGAAAGAAACCGUGGUUCUUAGACAUUUUCGGAGAUCUAACAGAAAUUUGGGCAGCCAAAGAUGUACCUCUUGGCAUCAUGGAGCUUCUUUGUAAACGAGCCGAAUUAUUUCAAAAAGAGAAAUUAUUUUGCGUAUGGGCAGCAUAUAUACCAUUUGUAUUUUUUGUGCGAGCAGAUGCUGUUAAGGAAUUGCUGAAAAACAACAAAUUGAACGAUAAGAGCUGGGUGUAUGAAUGGAUACAGCCCUUAGUGGGCAAAGGACUUAUUACGAGUGGAUAUGACUUAUCGAAAUCCCGGCGGAAAGCUCUAGCGCCUUGCUUUUACACUGAUGUUUUGAGAAGCUUCCUGCCAGUUUUUAGUGAUGAAGCUCAAAAAUUGGUGAAAUUCUUGCAAAAAGAGACCAAGAAUGAAUUCACUUACAUAGCUGAGCCAAUUUCUCUUUGCGCCUCAGAUAUAACCUGUGAGACCAUCUUUGGAAUUACCAUAAAUGCUUUGGAAAAUGAGAAUUUGGAAACUUCCACGUCAUUUUCAAGGGCAUCAAGUAUUUUUAUGUCAAAAGUCAUUUCGCCAUGGCAGUGGAUAGACAUCAUAUUUCGAAACACAAAAAUGGGCAAAGAAUUCCAUUAUCAUUGCAAUGUUCUGCAAGAAGUUGCCAGAAAAAUUACAGAAGAAAAGAAGAUGCUGUAUCGGAGAGGAGAGGAGAAAAAACACACAAGAAAACACAAAGCGCUCAUGGAACUUUUAUUAGAUAACAAAGAACUCACUGAGCAAGAAAUCGAUGAAGAGAUGUAUACCUUUGCUCUAGCGGGCCACAUUAAUACCACAGCUACUGUCAGGUGGACUCUAUAUCUCAUAGGACUCUACCCAGACGUACAAGCUAAACUUCACGAAGAGAUAGAUCUAAUAUUUGGGAAUGAUUUGGAAAAACCUGUAACAGAGGACGAUCUUAGACAGCUCCAAUAUCUCGAUUGCGUUUUAAAAGAAUCUAAUAGGCUUUAUCCGUCUGUAUCACUGUUUGCAAGACAAGUCAAUAAAGACACUAAAAUAAGUGGCUAUACAAUACCAAAAGGUGCGAAUUGUGUUUUGUUUACAUACUUUCUGCACAGAGAUCCAGAAAUAUUCCCAGAUCCCGAAAAAUUUGAUCCAGACAGAUUUCUACCUGAAAACAAAAUAAACAUACCAGAAUACGGAUUCAUUCCUUUUUCUGUUGGGCCAAGAAGCUGUAUAGGAUUCAAGUUUGCUGAAAUGGAAGUAAAAGUUAUCAUCAUUCAAAUCUUGAGAAAUUUUACUAUCAAGUCCUUGGAUCAAAGGGACAAAAUAAAACUGAUACUGACACCUACUCUUCAUCCGCACAUCCCCAUUCGCAUCAGAAUUAGACACAGAUUUGAUAGAAGUUUUCCUUGAAUUCAUUCAUUCGGUUUCAUUUGUUUAGUUAUAUUAAAGAAAAAAAUGUCAAUAUUUUUAUUAUGUGUUACAUUUAUUCUCGAACUCGUAGUAGUCACGGUAGGAAGUGACAAAACAAUUAAAGGAAUUUAUUCAUUCAAUUUCUCUAUUUACAUUUAAGAAUAAAUGUAUUUCUAUUUUCAUUAUGUGCACCAUUUGUUCGCGAACUCGUGUUAGUCACGAUAGGGGGUGACAAAACAAUUAAUUGUUGUUUCUUAUGGCACUUGUCAUAUAUAAGCCAAUUGACGAAGUCAGCGAUUUUAAGCCGAGAAUUUAGCGCCUCUUGUUUUCAGCAGAGCUAUCUAGGGCCAAGAGUACGACUUAGCUACUAAUGCGUCACAACCCUUUUUACGGGGCGGACUUCAUUCAUACAUUACAUUCACUCAUCCAGAUCGUAAUUUAGACCUGAAUCAGAGGACGAUCACCACUGAUUCACUACUCCCAGUGGUAUUGCCUGGACUUGGAGGACUUUCUGGCCACGACAGAUUUAUAUGUGCAGCAGCCACCACAUACAAGGGAAUCUUCGGCCGGCGAGCACGAACUCAUAACGCUCUGCUACCCAGGCUAUCCCAGCCUAAACAAUUCAUUCAUUCAAUUUGCUUGUUUACAUUUAAGAAUAAAUGUCUUAAUAUUUUUGUUAUGUGUUACAUUUGUUCUCGAACUCAUAGCAGUCACAGUAAGAACAGGCAAACCAAUUAAAUAUUUCAUUCAUUCUA